CACCACUGCUCCGUCAUGUGGCAUCCAAUCUCCUGGACACCAGGUGCCCGGUGGUCACCAAACCACUUAAAGCUAGUCACUGUCUAUGUGCUGAUGCUCUUGGUGUCGCUCAGCUUUGCUUCGGGACAGAGCAGGCCAUUUAAACAUCAGAUAGACAACAGAAGUCCCGAGAUCGACCCUUUUUGGUAUGUAGGCCGUGGUGUUCGCCCCAUCGGUCGCUUUGGGAAGAGGCAGCUGAGAAGCAGCCGUGGCAGCCUGAGGCCUGUGAGCAGACACCUGGAUUUCAUCUUGAAUGCUUUGUGGGAGCAAAAGUUGGACACAGAGGACAGCGACUGGUGAUUUCUGUUCCCCAAGGUGGCAGCGCAACCUCUGUUCUUUGAAUUGUGCCCUCCCCUGCACCUCAGACCUACAGUUCUGCUUUUGCCUAGCAAUCCCACACUGCUCUUCUUUCUGCUCCUUGUGCGAGCACCUUCAAAAAGGAACAUGUUCAGGGUGCAGGUAAAAGACAAUGCAUGGACACCAGCACUGAGUGCCACCACUGCUUAUAAAAAUGUUUUUUCAUUGUG